AUGGCGCUUAGCCUGUGGUUUCUUCUGGCAUCUGAGUUGCUUGUCCUUGGGUUUCGCCUCGUAGUUGCCGACCCCGCACUUUAUCUUUGCAUUUUGAUGUACUUUGCAGCCUUCACGCGAGGACUUAUCACGAUCCAAGAACGCAUGCAGCGUCGUGAAGCUGAAGAAGCAAAGCAGAAAGAGGAGGCCGCAAGGCAGGGUCGCGAGGAAGCACAGAAGAAGGCGUUGGAGGACUGGGAGAAGCAAAAGCAGGCGGAGCGGCAGCGCCUGGAGCGCUAUGAGGAGAAGCGCCGUGCCGCUGCGAGGGCGGAGGCACGCUGGACUUUCUACCUGAAGACUCAGAACUGGGCACAGGUGGCGGACUGA